AUGUUCGAGCUGGAUUUCAUGGGCCUGGCGGUCCUAGACCCGGAGUUCUCUAGACCGAUGCUGCCUUGGGUCGUAAGAGAAGUCAUCUUUAGAGCAGAGCCACACAAAGUAAACCUGUCCGUUGACAACGAUCAGGUGAAAUUCCAAGACGCAAACGACUCCUCGCCCAAAGUAGAGAACUCAUUCCAAUCCGAUGGAUAUAAAAUCAAAGACGUUUACCACCCUGCUCAUGAACCAACUUCAUUUGCUUUUGUCACUCGCGAAGCUGCCUCUACACCGUGUUCUUGUUAUGUCUUUAAAAAUGAGUCCGUCGAACUUGUUGAACAAAUUGUCAAAAAGUUGAAGCACGAAAUAGGCUCUGGAAAACGAAAAAGACUCGGGGAAACGUCAGGAGAAAGCGAGGUGAUAUCGUAUGAAGUGCUCCUUCUGAACAAAACGCCAAUCUACACAGAAAAGCCCUCUCAGGACAUUAUCGAUAAUUUAAUUGAGCAAUCCAAGUCUCAAUCUGCCACGAGCACGCGCCCAGAAAGUGCCAAUGGCACGAACGAGUUCUCAGUCGACAUUUCCACCAGGAAUCGUGGCCUCAUAUCCAGUGAUAUUUCAACGGGCGUCUCUGACGAUCGAGCUGGAAGAUCUGUUAUUGAAAACAAACGAAAGGAAUUUACGAGACAGAGAAGUCAUAGCUACGAUACAUCAAACUACAAGCACGAAAACAAGACAAAAAUCUUCCAAAUCGGAAUCGACAGAUUAACCGUCAUCGAUACCGAUGGCCCUGGUGUGAUUGAUGUCAAGUUCACACGCGUGUCUAGAUGUGUUCAAGGCGUCAAGCAUCCGAAUUCAUUUGGUUUCGUCGCCCGUGAUCCGCGUAAACGAGCUCAAGUCAAUGGCAAUACAGGUGGCCAAAUGGAGUUUUACUUCUACAUCUUCGAGUGCUUCGACGAGCAGACAUGCGAAGACAUCAUGGGAGCCAUAAAACAGGCGUUCUCUGCUUCUAUGCGCCCCAUCACUCCUCUCCACACCUUUCACAGACUAUGCGUCCGCCUUAACCACACUCAGGAUCUGAAUCAACGACUCAGCCUCGUCUCUGGCGUCAUUGAGCAGAUCUCAGAAGGGGAGAAGUUCUAUAUUGAUCAGAAGUUGAAGUCAUUGACGCCUGGCAGUGGUACUGAGAGAUUAGUCUUUCAAGUCUCAGUAUUGCGAGAAAUAUUCGAAGUGAAAAACAGAGAGAUGCAACUGUCCAUGAGCUCCUCAAAAAAGUCGCCAAUUGGGCAAGGGCAAGGUAUCAAUGUAAAAAAAGUCGAAGACUUGGCGAAUAGGCUUGGGAGUAAGUUCUCCCUUCUUUCUCGGAAUAUGACACAGAACAUUCAAACCAUGAGUGAUAAGCUCGGCGAGUCGGGGAUGAACUUGGCUGACAAAGUUCGCACUGCAAGAGCGAACAACUCGCAGAGGCCGGAUUCAAGGGUCUCAUUAUCCAAUACAUUCCCCGUGGAGCAAAACUCCGUCAUUUCCGACGAAAGAAGGACGAAUGGAUUGAGCACUCCUGUCAGAGACUUGGAGGAAGUGAGCUUCGAAUCGAAUGAUAUUGACUCAGUUCAGCAUUUCAGCCCCGCGAAAUCACUGCGUCAGCAGAUUUACGAGUCCGUGAGCUCUAAUGCUACUGUUUCAAAUAGUCCUCGACCGUCGUAUAAAGACAAAGAAAUAAAAAAAGACCUCUCAACGCCGGACUCUAUCAGGAAUUCACUUCACCAAAUAGAAGAAGAAAACGCACUGCUAGAAAGAAUAAAACAAAGAAUAUCCGAACUCGAGAAGAUGUCGCCCGAAGAGGCUGGUCCUCUUCAACAGAAGCUCUGGGCGGAUCUUGGGCUUGAUACUGUAGCUGCCGAGAGUAAAGUUAAUGGAGCUGGGGAGGGGAGGAAAAACGAGACUGUUAAAUUGAUCCCUCCAGGGGUGAUACACGCCGCUACGAGCCACGCAGUUCCCGAGGAAAUCCGAGGCGAAGUUUGGAAGUUCCUGAUCAAGCAGCGAGAGCACCGCCAUGGCGUCAAAUUCACAUCUUCUUUCAAAACCCUUAUCAAUCAACUAGCACCGCCUGGGCAAGCGCAUUCUAUCCUAAUUGACCUCUGCCGCACAUUCCCUAAACACCGACAGUUUCGUGAGAGUCUCGCUCAAUCAAGUGGUCAGAAAAGCCUCUAUAAUGUUCUCAAGGCUUAUUGUUUACUCGACGAUGAAGUUGGUUACUGCCAGGGAUUGAGUUUUGUUGUUGGUUUGAUUCUUAUUUACUUACCUGCUGAGGAAGAUGCUUUUGCUGUCCUGAGGCAUUUGAUGUUCGAAUGCAACAUGCGCCGAUUUUACAUGCCGGACAUGGCGGCGCUUCAAGAAGCAAUGUACCAACUCUCGCGUCUCCUAGCAGAACUAGAACCAACUCUUUAUGAAUUCCUGGAAUCGCAUUGUGUCACUCCCGUUCUUUACCUAACCCCGUGGUUCCUAACGCUCUUUGCUUCAAACUUUCCGAUGUCCUUUUCCAGCCGUGUUUUAGAUCUUGUGCUUGCACAAGGCCCCUCUGCCAUAUUCAAAAUCGCCCUCUCCUUAUUCCAACAGUACAAAGAGUACAUCAUCAAGCUCGACGGGUUCGAAGCCGUCGCUGACUUUAUCAAAAAUCGAAUUAACUGCCCAGAUGAAGAGACAUCAAAAGAAAUAUUCCAACGCGCAGGCAAAAUCGACCUUAGAACGCGGCUCGAAGUGUUUGGGGCUGAAUACGUCGUUUUGUCCGAAAUGGAUAUGAUCAAGGAGCCUGGACAGGUUCAUUGGUCGCCUAGUAAAAAUCUCGUCAGAGAUCUGAGGGUGGAGAAUAGAAAGCUUAGAGAACAGCUGACAAUCCAAGAAACUCAAAUCCAAGCGCUUCAAGACUCCCUCUCCGAAAUCCAAGACCAAGCCCUUCAACAAAAAGAUCAUCAGCAAGUCGUCUCCGAUCUCGUCAAAGAAAGAAACGAGCUAAAAAUCCUCGUCCAAAAACUUUCCGAGCAGCUGGGAAAUCUCUCCGCAGAACAAAGUCUAUCUGGUGGCGCUUCGCGGGUGGCAAGUCCGACGUAG